UGUAAACACAUGUUCCAAUCAAAACAAUUUACAAAUAUUUCAAACAUUAUUUUGGAUAUAGACCUCUUCUAUACUAGUUUUAAAGCAAAACCCAAAUAAAACAGUUGAUCCUGGUGAAUUUCUUAAGUAUAAAGUGAGUUUGCUUAAAGGUGUCUGUUGUGUAAACCUGUUAAUAAUUAUUUUGUAAAACAAAGUGAUAACAAUGGAUCCAAAUUUAAAAGCUAAAAUUGACCAAGCCUGCAGAACAGCAGAGGAAUUUACAAAAGUGUAUUAUGAGUCUGUUGAUAAGAAGAGACAUCUCAUUUCCAAGUUGUACCUAGACACAGGUUUGCUAACAUGGAAUGGCAAUGGUAUAACUGGAUGUGAACCCAUCCAGAAAUUCUACAUUGAACUUCCAUCAACUGAUCACACUGUGGUUACAUUGGAUGCACAGCCUGUUUAUGAUAUGGCUGUGAAUGGGCAACUGACCUUUUUGAUUCAAGUUAGUGGACACGUAAAAUACCAGAACAAAAGUGCGAAGACUUUCCAGCAAAGUUUCGUCGUGACGGCCCUCGGUGAUAAAUGGAAGAUAGUGAGCGAUUGCUUCAGACUGCAAGAGCCACUCUCAGCUGAAAAAUAAUAAUAUCUAUCUACUUGCUGUGAAUAAUGUGAAAUGAAAGAAAAAAAAACAGGGAUUCAUACAUGUAAGCUAUAUUCGCUUCCUUUUUUUUUUAAUAAUGACUUUAUCAAUAAUAAUAAAUAUCAAUGGGUAUAAAACAC